AAAUUUCUUUCAGAAAUGGAGGGUAGACGCAUGGGUACGAGGAACAACCCGAGAGGGCAAACUCCGGUGACGUCCGAAGGGGUUAGCCAGGUUGCAUCUCGGGGCGCGAGAGGCGGUAGGAGAGGCCGUGGAGGCCGUGGAGGCCGUGGAGGCCGGGGAGGUCAUCGGGCUCAAACCGUGAGCGAUGGCCAUGUUAGCUCGGUGCAUGGGACUCACACCGAGGAUUACGACUCUACAUAUGUUCCCGAGACGGAACAUGAGGAGACCCCAUAUGAUGGGGGUGAUACGUACACCGAUGAUGAUGACAAUGAUGAGAGUGAUGCCAAAUUCGCCCAGAUGUGUGAAUUGUUUGAGUGGUAUCAAAAGGAAAAGCUGAGGCGAGAUCUUAGGCGCCAAGCUAGGCGUGCCUCUCAGGGGGCUUCAGGUCACGGGAGCCGGGGGGCAUCCGUGGCUACACCUGUGGCGUCACAGGGAGUACAGGGCGGAGGUUUUUGUGUAAGAGUCUCCAAAUACCUCAAGGAGGCUAGGGCCUUGGGGUGUAAGUCAUUUGAUGGCAAAGGCGACAUAUCUGUGGCUGCUGAUUGGAUCAAGAAACUGAACGAGGCUGCUAGGGAUAUGCAGAUCGGGCUUGAUAUAAAGCUAACGAUUGCUACCAGGCUACUGGAGGGGGUAGCUGCUGUAUGGUGGGAAGGCGUGGAAGGAAAGUUCCACGGUGAGACCACCUGGGAGAGAUUCGAAGUAGAGUUCUAUAACCAGUACUACUCCGAAUUUGAGAAGAAUCAGAAAAGGAAGGAAUACAUGACUUUGACACAGGAGGAUGGGUGCUCGGUAAGGAAAUUGGAACAGAGGUUCCGGGACUUGGCACGAUACAUACCUGAGUACGCCAUGGAUGAGAACCGCAUGGCUAAUCACUUCUGGGAUACCCUACAGUUGGAUAUCCGUGAUAGGGCCACCUACAAUCAUCACAUGACCUUUAGUGAGAUUGUGGAUCAAGGGCUACUUGGGGAAGCCAAGUGGAAUGAAAGGAAGAAGAGAGACGCCGAAGAGGCGAAGAAGAGGAGAUGGGGAAAUUCUGGACCCCAAGACCAUUCUCGGAAACAUCACGCCGGGAAUGGAAGUUCAUUUAGGGCGCCGGAACCACCGGCAAAGAAGAGCAAGGGUCCAGGAGGGCAAGGGCACAGCUCGGAAAGCGUAAGGCCACCGAGGUGUCUAAACUGUAACAAGAAUCAUGCCGGGAAAUGCAAUGCACCACCCCGGUGCUACAAGUGUGGUAGUACUAGUCACCUCAAGCUUUCUUGCCCAAUGUUGAAUGGAGGGGGACCAUCGGGGGCUAUGGAAGGACCUACGGCUAGUAGGGGACGUGCGGGACCAUCACAGGCCGGCACGGGAAGGGGCGGACCUACGGCGAGCAAUGCCGCGUCCGUUAACCAAGGGAGGACCCAGGCACGUGUGUAUGCAAUGACCGAGGCGGAUGCGCGAGCAAACCCGGACUCUGUUGCAGGUUGAGGCUAGAGUCCUACUACCUGCACCUUUGCCUAGGGUGAUUGAUCAAGGAGGAAGACGUGGUUCGUGCUUCCAUUCUCAUUUGAAAUAAUGCAACUGCUCAUGGAUAUUUUUAACAAUGUUUUCUAUUAAAACAUUUGGGGGGCCUGCGUGCCCGUAUUUGCCACGUGUGGCUAAGUAUCAAACAUAUCUUAUUUUCCGCAUUUGUUUGACUAAUAUAUAUUGAUGUUGAUUGUAUGGGUUUACUAAUCGGUUUGGCAAAAGAAUCUAACGGACGCCUUGUAUGAUCUGAUAAGAAUGAACUACGUUGUUCUUAUUGGGUUGUACGGCGGUUGUCUACGUGGCGCGGACGCGGUCCGGGGCGUGACAAUUAAGUGGUAUCAGAGCCAGGUUUUUCUAAACUAUAUAAUUAACCUCUCAAUAUAGGAUCAUCAAAAAGUUUUGAACAAAACCAUGAGCAAAAGUUUUUGUACUUAAGGAACCGUUGGAAACCAAAUUAUUGACCUCUUAUUGUUAAGACGGUACCCUUAACAGUUUGUUGGCCAUAAUGUUGGACCAAGUGGUGUCUUUUGUACUAUUCCGUCAAUCGACAUUGAUACGAGUCUAACGGCUCAUUCCAAAUUUCUUUCAGAAAUGGAGGGUAGACGCAUGGGUACGAGGAACAACCCGAGAGGGCAAACUCCGGUGACGUCCGAAGGGGUUAGCCAGGUUGCAUCUCGGGGCGCGAGAGGCGGUAGGAGAGGCCGUGGAGGCCGUGGAGGCCGUGGAGGCCGGGGAGGUCAUCGGGCUCAAACCGUGAGCGAUGGCCAUGUUAGCUCGGUGCAUGGGACUCACACCGAGGAUUACGACUCUACAUAUGUUCCCGAGACGGAACAUGAGGAGACCCCAUAUGAUGGGGGUGAUACGUACACCGAUGAUGAUGACAAUGAUGAGAGUGAUGCCAAAUUCGCCCAGAUGUGUGAAUUGUUUGAGUGGUAUCAAAAGGAAAAGCUGAGGCGAGAUCUUAGGCGCCAAGCUAGGCGUGCCUCUCAGGGGGCUUCAGGUCACGGGAGCCGGGGGGCAUCCGUGGCUACACCUGUGGCGUCACAGGGAGUACAGGGCGGAGGUUUUUGUGUAAGAGUCUCCAAAUACCUCAAGGAGGCUAGGGCCUUGGGGUGUAAGUCAUUUGAUGGCAAAGGCGACAUAUCUGUGGCUGCUGAUUGGAUCAAGAAACUGAACGAGGCUGCUAGGGAUAUGCAGAUCGGGCUUGAUAUAAAGCUAACGAUUGCUACCAGGCUACUGGAGGGGGUAGCUGCUGUAUGGUGGGAAGGCGUGGAAGGAAAGUUCCACGGUGAGACCACCUGGGAGAGAUUCGAAGUAGAGUUCUAUAACCAGUACUACUCCGAAUUUGAGAAGAAUCAGAAAAGGAAGGAAUACAUGACUUUGACACAGGAGGAUGGGUGCUCGGUAAGGCAAUUGGAACAGAGGUUCCGGGACUUGGCACGAUACAUACCUGAGUACGCCAUGGAUGAGAACCGCAUGGCUAAUCACUUCUGGGAUACCCUACAGUUGGAUAUCCGUGAUAGGGCCACCUACAAUCAUCACAUGACCUUUAGUGAGAUUGUGGAUCAAGGGCUACUUGGGGAAGCCAAGUGGAAUGAAAGGAAGAAGAGAGACGCCGAAGAGGCGAAGAAGAGGAGAUGGGGAAAUUCUGGACCCCAAGACCAUUCUCGGAAACAUCACGCCGGGAAUGGAAGUUCAUUUAGGGCGCCGGAACCACCGGCAAAGAAGAGCAAGGGUCCAGGAGGGCAAGGGCACAGCUCGGAAAGCGUAAGGCCACCGAGGUGUCUAAACUGUAACAAGAAUCAUGCCGGGAAAUGCAAUGCACCACCCCGGUGCUACAAGUGUGGUAGUACUAGUCACCUCAAGCUUUCUUGCCCAAUGUUGAAUGGAGGGGGACCAUCGGGGGCUAUGGAAGGACCUACGGCUAGUAGGGGACGUGCGGGACCAUCACAGGCCGGCACGGGAAGGGGCGGACCUACGGCGAGCAAUGCCGCGUCCGUUAACCAAGGGAGGACCCAGGCACGUGUGUAUGCAAUGACCGAGGCGGAUGCGCGAGCAAACCCGGACUCUGUUGCAGGUUGAGGCUAGAGUCCUACUACCUGCACCUUUGCCUAGGGUGAUUGAUCAAGGAGGAAGACGUGGUUCGUGCUUCCAUUCUCAUUUGAAAUAAUGCAACUGCUCAUGGAUAUUUUUAACAAUGUUUUCUAUUAAAACAUUUGGGGGGCCUGCGUGCCCGUAUUUGCCACGUGUGGCUAAGUAUCAAACAUAUCUUAUUUUCCGCAUUUGUUUGACUAAUAUAUAUUGAUGUUGAUUGUAU